GUAAAAUUUUCUCUCUGCAUGUGUUGUUGUGUUUUUGGCAUCUCCGUGUUGAUGUAAUUUAGUGACUAUUUUUAUUCGCAAUUAUAAGACGCUACAAUGAAAUUGUAUGUCACUGUGAUUCUAAAUGGGUUGUGAUAAAUCAAAUUAUUGUAUUUUGUAAUAAUUUUAAGGAUUUUUGAAUGGUUCAAUGAAUUAUUUUAUUGACCCCACACAAAGCGUAUCAAUGAGCAAAUUGAGGGUAAUGAAAAUCAUCAACAACUAAAAAAUGACUGGGACAACUAUCGUAAGCCCGGGAACAACCAAUGAUGGCGCGGCGACGACUAAUGCAGGAACAUUGUCGGCAUCUACAUCAUCGUCAUCGGGUCAAACUCAAGGUCACUGCAAAGGUCAUCGACGACAAGAAUCGAUGUACGCCAUGACUGGAUUGUACUCGGAAUCGGUUCCCGAGCAAAUGGACAGCAGCGAUGCCAAGUGUACGACCGCUUUUUGUCAUGACACAGUCGUCAAGUGUCAUAGCAGAAAUCCAUCUGCAGGGUUUGACAGAGACAAGGCUGCGCAUAGCACAACAUAUACUAAUGAACAACAAGCUGUGAUAAUAAGGGAUACAAAGGAAUGCGGCAUUUUGUCAUGUCGUCCCUCGUUUAUUCAAAAGUAUGCCGGAAUUAAGUUUUUCGUUUUCCUUCUGUCAUUCCUUGUUACCUUGCAACAAGCAUUAAGUUCCGGAUAUAUCAACUCUGUGAUAACAACGAUAGAAAAACGUUUUGAAAUACCGUCGAGCCUCUCUGGUUUGGUGGCAUCAUCUUAUGAAAUAGGCAAUGUGAUUACCGUGAUAUUCGUGAGUUACUUGGGCAGCCGCCGCCAUAUUCCCGUAUGGAUCGGAUUCGGGGCUGUGAUAAUGGGAAUAGGAUCCCUGAUAUUUAUGGUGCCGCAUUUUAUAGCGGACGAGAAUGUGGUCGUGCAGGCGAAUAGUUCCGAGGAAAAUAUGUGUCGCGUUGUUACGGUUCAUGAGCAAGACAUGGGACUGGGAAGACUUUCGUCGGGGUUAUCGUCGCCUCCAUUGGCCCCGAACAACUUAAGAGGCGAUAACUGUAUACAGGGUUCGCCGUCCACGACAGGGCCCGUCUUGCUUUUUAUACUAGCUCAAUUACUGUUGGGUUGUGGGGGGUCACCUCUUUUUACUCUAGGCACGACCUACAUCGAUGAUCAUGUCAGACCAGAAAGCUCAUCCAUAUACAUUGGUUGCAUGUACAGUAUGGCCGCCUUUGGCCCUGUCAUGGGAUUUUUACUAGGUGCCUAUCUUUUAUCUUUCCACAUGGAUUCGCUAUCAAAAAUCAUAUCAAUCGAUGCCGGCGACAGCCGUUGGGUCGGAAUGUGGUGGGGUGGAUUUUUACUAGGAGGCUUGCUCCUUAUCGUUGUGGCUAUACCGUUUUUUUCGUUUCCCAAAGUUCUUACUCACGAAAAGGAGAAAAUAAGACUUAUGGAAAAGGCGGCCGUCAACGCUGCUGGCAGUAGUAACAAUAAGAACGCCAACACUAACAACGAUUCUGGAUAUGGAAAAGAUAUAAAAGACAUACCCAAAUCGAUGUGGCGCUUGGCCUGUAACCCAGUCUACAUCGUUACUUGUUUGGGCGCCUGUAUGGAACUUAUUAUCGUGUCUGGAUUCGUGGUUUUCUUACCGAAGUAUCUCGAAACGCAGUUCAGCUUGGGCAAAAGCCAAGCCAGCGUGUUCACAGGUUCAAUAGCCAUACCAGGUGCUUGUAUAGGCAUAUUCAUGGGCGGAUGCAUAUUAAAACGCAUGGAACUCCGACCAAAAGGAGCAGUACAGUUCGUACUGAUAUCGAACGUCAUUUGUUUAAUAUGCUACACUUUACUCUUCUUCCUGGGAUGCGACAAUUUGAAAAUGGCCGGUACGACUAUACCGUACUUUAACAGCACGCAUUCCGAACCUUUUCAAGUUAAUUUAACUUCGGCCUGCAAUUUCGGGUGCGAGUGCAGCAUGAACGAUGUGGAACCGGUUUGCGGAAACAAUGGGCUCACCUAUUUCAGCCCUUGUCAUGCUGGAUGCACCUCUAUACUAAGUUCUAACUACACCAACUGUGCCUGUAUACAUGGAAACAUGAGUUUAUUGAGUGGAACGAGUCCCUCAAUCAACAUUGCCUCACUUACAGAAAGCGAAUAUGCCGAGGUAACCGUCGUACCGGUGGCAACCGCAGGUCCAUGUAACUCGUCUUGUCGAACAAUAUAUCCGUUUUUGAUAUUACUAUUCUUUAUGACUUUUAUAGUGGCAAUUACACAAAUGCCGCUUCUUAUGAUAGUGUUAAGGUCUGUAAGUGAGGAAGAGCGCUCGUUCGCCCUCGGCAUGCAGUUCGUGAUAUUCCGCCUGUUCGGUUAUAUACCCGCCCCGAUUUUAUUCGGUAAUCUGAUCGACUCCACUUGUCUUUUGUGGAAGAGUACUUGCGGUUCCAAGGGGGGCAGAUGUCUUCUCUACGAUAUAGAAUCAUUUAGAUAUAAAUAUGUUGGUCUCUGUGCCGGUAUUAAAAUCUUAGCCUUGGGCAUAUUUAUGAUUGAUUGGUGGUUGGUCAGGCGUAGAAAACAAUUGGAUGAUGAUAAGGUGAUCACUGCCAAUGAAGUUGUCGGUUCCAUUAUAAGCUUAGAUAAAUUAUUUGAGGAGGGUACUCAUUGGACAGGCCACCGAAGAAAUUUAAGUUCCGUCAGUGCCUACGAAUGCCCAGGAUCUCCAAAAGCAGCUGAAAAGAAAGAUGCUGUUCCUGAAGAGAAAAAAGUCACUUCACCUGAUAUUUCUGAUUCCGAGAGGGAUACUCCUGAGAAAAAGUUGGAAUCUUCCUAGAGAUUAUGUUAAGUGUUUUGUAGGAAUGAAGUAAACGAAUUAGUUCGUUAAGGAUUAGACCACCUAAACUGUAGACUUACCACUUAAUCAAUACUCCUGCCUUAUGACACACUUAAAAACCCUGAACUAUCCUUAAAUAAGAAUGGAUCAUGCCAUUAAUAUGUUUAUAUUAUUUGAGUAUAACUUAAAUUUAGGGUUUGAUUGUGAACAUAAAUUGACCAUUUGUCUACGAAGAAAACGAUUCUAACAAAAUUAAUGAUAAAACAUUCCAUAAUAUUUUAACUUUUAACUGAAAAAUUGCUUCAACUUUAACUCGAAAAUAUUUUUGUAUUUUAAAAAUGUUGGAUCCUAUCAACUCGAAUUUGACCUUUGUUAAACCUAAUAUGUACUUAUGUUAUAAAAAUAAUAAUUUAUUAAUCAGUGCCACUUUUAAAUUAAUCUAUUACACAUGAUAUAGAAGAAUCUCUAAACUAUUAGAUGUAUCUAUCUAUAGAAGAACUUAUUCUUACAUCACUUUAGCUUCUUCUUAAAGAAUAGAUGCAAACGAAGAUAAAUAUGAAAUGCAAUUUAGAUUAAUUUUUCUUAGAUACAUUUUAU